CGCGAGGAAAACAACAUAGACAGCAACACGGGCACAAGCCACGCUUGGUUCGUGUAGUUGUUUUGGCGCAACAUAGCCAUGACUGACGGAGAUACCAAUUGCAAGUUAAUGACAAUCGAGGCGGAAUCGGCCGUCCAAGAAGUCGCCUUCGCCGUAAAGAGCGUCUCUAUAUCUGAAUUCCUUCCGAAAGGAGAUGAACUUGUGUAUUUGAACAUUCAAACCAAAGAAGACGACGUUUACUGUGUGGAGCUGUCAGUUCUAGGAUUCGGGGUUGUUGGUAGAAGAUUUGAUACAAUCGAUGACUCACUACCAACUACGUAUUACGAAACCAUUUAUGCGCUGCUGGAUAAACUUAGUCCCGGGUAUAGACUAACGUUUGGUGAAACACUGGCCGGUAAACUGCAGAUGUUACAACAGAAUGACGCAGAGAAAUCUGACACUAAAGAGUUAGAAACAAAGAUGUCAUAAUUGAAGAACUUAUACUGAAGAAUGGUAACUUUCAAAUAGUUUCAAAUCAAUAACUUGCAACUUUUGUGAAGUACCAAAUAUCGGAGUACCAGACAUUAACACAGCCUUGUUAGUUCUCGCUUUUGGACUUUGUCGUAUGGAUUGACUUCCAUACGUUUAUGUGUGUGUGCGACCAUACCCAACCAUAUCUCACAUACAUUAGACAUUAUGUCGGACAUAUGCACAUGUAUUUGUUGUGUGAUCCAAUAGAAGAUGAUCAAAU